AUGGCUAGUGGUCGCAACGAAUCUGUAACAGCUGAAAGCGUUUGUCUCGAAUUCGACUCUAUUUUAAAGGAAAUACAAGUACAUGAUGCAAAAACUCAGGCCUUAGAAUCCAAUGACUCUUUAACAAGAUUAGCUGAACUAGCAUACGAGCUAGGUAGAAGUCCCAGUCAAUAUCUCAUUCAUGUUGAUGCAUCGAUUCUAAAUCAUGAUGUUUUCGUGCUCAUUCGAAACACAAUGAUCAAUGUGUUCAAUAAAAUCAAUAACGCAUCAGAAGUUCAAGAAGUAGAGAAAAAAUUUCUCAAUGAAUCAUCGUUUAUGAUAAGCAAGCUUGUAGAUGACAUGAAUACUGCGGAACCUUUCGAAAAACUAUUUGUUCAAGCUUCGUUUAUCUGCCCUGUUCAACAAUGUUUGGACGAAGUUGCUGGUAGUGGAAAGCAUAUGCUUGAGUACGAUAUUAUAUUUAGCAUAAAGUGCAUUCUGGAAGCAUUCACGAAAUUUCGAACUAAAACUAACAGUCAUGAUAACUCAUUGUUAUUAUUACUCUUGGAUUCAGUCGUUCAGUGCAUAUGCGCAACUUAUUAUUUGAAGACUUUUCAAAAUCUUAAAUUUGAUGCAACCCAAUUUCACAAGGAAGAGGAUUUAUUUUUGAAUGUUUGCCCUAAAUAUAUUCGUGGAUACAAUGGUAAAAAUCGGAAAGAAAAAAUGAAUCAACUAUCUGAAACAAUACUAAACCAUAGCCUACAGCUACUGAACACGUUUCCACCGUCGGAGAUUCAACGUUGUCAAACUGUUAUACUAGAAUCAUUGAUAGAAUUGUUGUCUAUUCUAGUUAUAGUACCGAUAGAAAAUUUCCUAAAAUUUGAAAGAUUAAUCAGUCACUUGAUGUUAUUUAUCAAAGACACCGAAAGUUUGUUGAUGGAGACUGACAGUAUUAAAAAAUCGAGAAAAGAAGAGUUUAUACUGUUAACAAUGACAUUAGUUUACAAUAUAACGGCAAAUAUAAAACUUCGUGGGUAUAUUCAACAGCAACAUAAAGAUGAUAUUGAAUUAUUUGAGAAGUUAUCAUCAACGAAGGUCACUGAGAACCAUCAAAUACAAUUUAUCGCUAGCAUUUUGUUCUGUCAGUUGGUUAGUCAUGAUGACAUUGAAAAAAUAGCAGAUGUGAAACGAAUGACCAAUACCCUUAUCACUUACUUGGUUAUGUCAGAACUAGAUCCAUUAAAAUCCUAUUAUGGUAUACCCUUGGAACGACUGUUGACAGCGGUAAAAGGUACACUCUAA